GGAGCCAUGUUUCUCAGACGUUAUUCAAUCACCAGUCAGGAAGUUUUAAUUUCUAUUCAAUAGGUUGAUUUUCAAUUUCCCGURACAUUUUCUUUGGUAAGCGAGUGUAAGAAGUGAAGAUGAGGUUAAGAGUUGUAAUUCUACUUGUUAUACUUGUACUGGUGCUAUGCGACUUUGAAGCGAAUGCGUGGAGAAGAAGAAGAAGGAGACGUCGAAAAGUCAUUCUAGUGAAAGGUCCUCCAGGACCUCGUGGUCGAAUGGGACGACCCGGUGCUCGAGGSGCAACGGGCAAACCGGGUCCUCGUGGUGCUCAAGGCCCACAAGGCGUUAAAGGCAACACAGGAACUCCAGGACCUAAAGGACCCCCUGGUCCUCCUGGCCUGCCUGGAAGUUCCUCUCAAAGGCUUCAAUGCAGUACCCUCACAUCCAAUCUGACSAAAACCGUGGUUUGUCCAGAUCGUGAUCAAAUGGUCUCUUGUCUAUGUCAGAGCACUAAUCCUAAGUGUUCACCUAUUAUAAAUACCUCUGAUAUGCAAAAGAAGAACAAAUGUUCAUGUAAAUGUGCUCUGCCGAUCGCUGUUUGCUGUAAGCUUGUCAAUUCUUCGCAAGAGAGAGCAGGAGGAAAAUAAAGUAUGACUAAUCAGAGAUAUUAAAAUAUGAAAAAUUGAAAACAGAUUGAUGACUAAUAACUUUAAUAAUACUUAUAAGGAUCAAUAACGAUUGAUAAAUCUUGGCUGCAGCGCACUGAUAGGUCAGACAGCGUCCAACAUUUCGCUGUUCAAUAAAUGCACGCCGAAAAGAAACUUUCUAUGAACCAAAACAAAAAGGUCUCUUAGAAAUUGUAGAUAAGGGUCAGUAACAAUUGCGGAAGCUAGCGCACUGGUCACACAGCGUCCUACAUUUCGCUGGUAAAUCGAUGCGAAAGUAACGUAUUAUGAACAAAAAAGGUUUCUUAAAGAUUCUAGAAAAAUAAUCAAAAGAAACACCAAAGCAAUCACUGAAUACAUCAUUAAGCAAUCGUUAAAACUGUACUCUGAUUGAAAGGAGAAAAAAAGAAAAAAUAUAUAGAGAAAAAAGAGAAUUUUUUAAAUAUUUCGAAAUCUUUUCAGUAUCAGUUCAAGUAUUCAGAUGUCCUUAAUGCAGAUAUUCUCCACAAAGGGAUGUUAUUAUUUCAUAGAAAAUCAAUCCCUAUGUGUUUCCAAUAUUUAUCAUUGCCGAGGGAAACUAGCCACCUUCUUCGCAGGGAACUCCACUUCGUUUCCACUCGAGUCCUGCGAAGGCGACUAAAGCGAAACCGAGCUGAUCGCUGCCCCUCGUGCGCAGUCACGAGCUAUAAAAACACACRACCUCUAAAAAGUACAUCCAAAAUAACCUAUUUCCAGUUUCAAAAGAAAAUACUAUAUUCUUGAUUAUUUUCUACAUUAUUCGGUUAAACAGCUGAAGAARAACAGAGUAUAAAUAUUCCGCAUGCACCACGCUGAUUUAACAAAGGACUGUCAUAUGAGCAUAAUUAAUUGUCAUGGCAACGGUCCGUAUAGUCUAUUGGAUUCGUGUCUCUGUGAUCACCGACCUCGACGGACUCGAGUCCUCAAAAUGCUUGAUUUAUAAUUCUUUUAGAAAGAUCUAGUACGUUUUAGAUAUCCAGAAUGGUGCUACCUUUUCAUAGGCAGCCUUUGCUGCAUAAAAGGUAUGAAAUGCUUGAUAUGCCCACYGGUGAGCAAACCUCGAAAUCAUCAUCACUUGGAAGCACAGACGAACGAAAAGGAGAUGAGUACGCCAAUUUUUUAAAAUCUCUGUCAAGUGGUGAAAGGCAAGAUGAAACAGUUUCAAAACCUAAACCUCAAACUAACAAGUCGACUAAUACUACACUACCUUCAACAAGCACAAAAGGCAACCAGCAAAGUGGUGUUUCACCUCGACCCAAAAGCUCAAAGAAUGAAGGGGUGUUGCAAGUUAGUUUACGGGCUUCACAAAAUGAAAGGGACCACAGAAGAAAGAUGAGAAUCAUUGAGGAUGUUAUGCUUCAACAUAAACAAGGRGAACGAGAGUUGAAAAGAAGCGAAGGAGAUAUAAUUAAAAAGCAGCAACAUUUACGUCGUGUUAUGCUAGAUUAUGAAAAUAAUAUUUACAAAAAGAAGAGAGAAGAAGAGAAAAAACUUAGUGACAACAACACAAGUAUUGAGAAGAUAAAACAACAGCAUUCUGUACAAGAGGACAGGGCAACCAAAAUUAGGAUUGAAAGGAAUUUAUCAGCAGGAUUGAAAAUGAGAGAUAAGGAAAGAAAGACAUUUCUUCACUUAAAUGGUACUGAGUUUGAUUAUUAUAAAGUUGCCAAGCAGCUCGAACUGACUAGAAACGAAGUUGCGCGCCUCACGGCUGAAUAUGAAGCGAACCUGAAGAAAAAGGAGGAGGAAGAAUAUGAAUUGAAAAAGCAAAUGGCRGAGCUUUCAAUCAGUGUGAACAUGGAAGCACAGAAGAAACGAACAUUACAUGUGGAAGAUAGGAGUAAUCGCAAAGACACAACUUACAAAGAUAUCCAGGAUCGAAGUAGGAGGCAAGGAAAAUUGAAUGAAAAGAUUAACUAUACCGAGAACCAAGGCCUGCGAUAUGAAUUCAAUAAAAGACGUUUGAGUCGUGAUUUACUGGYUACGAAAGAUACACUCUCCCUGAAGAACAGAGAAGAGGGCCGUAAGAUGACGGAUGUAAGCAGACGUCUACAGCAUAACUCAACAAGUCAAAGGGAAGCAAAACUAGCCGCUGAAUACCUUGAACUGGAUCGUCAAGGAAAGGAGAUCGAAGAACGUGGUCAGUUUGCCGAGGCGAGACGCAAUCAAUUACUUGACCAAGCAACUCAGAACCGAAAAUUGCAAUACAAUCAGUCAAUUGCUGAAUGGAAGAAGCGUUACUUGGAUAAACACAACGAAUCGACUCGAAGGAACCACGAACACAGCAUCAAACACUUACAGAAAACUGUUGCCAAGCUUGAAGAGAAUGAGCAUGCGYUAUACAACCGGCUUCGUGCCGCUGAGAUGCAGCGACGUAAACAAGAACAGAUUGUUACCAGAAUGCAAGGCGAACUUGUGUCGAUGAAGAAAGAAAAUGCCAAGAAAAUAAAAGAAGCAACAGUGCAAUGUCAGAAAAGAGAAGUCGAAGUUGAACAAAAGCUUCUUAGAGAACGAGCUGAAUUAGCAAAGCUCCUCAGCCAGCGCGAAGAAACGAUUAAGAUGUUAAACCAACAGCGAAACACUUUACAAGAAGACAAAUACAUGCUAGGRGAAGAAGAAAGGGAACAUGACCGUAUCGCAAGAAUUGGUCAAAGAACAGAUCAAGUAGAGCAAGCAGUGUAACUGUAGAAGUGUACAACCGAGAAAUGUCGGCUUGUACCAAUUUUAUUUCCUGGAAUGUUAUUCACGAAUUCUUGAGCCCGCGGCUACAAAUAGUCAGCCAAAGCAACGUCAGCCUGUACCGAGUAUUAUCAGUAUAGUACCGAGCUUAUUUGAUUGGUUCAUCGUAGAUCAAGUCUCACUUGACUGAUGUUUUUGUAUUUGACCACGGAGAAUGGGCAUUGUGGGACGCCAUCUUGUCACGCUGAGCAUGCCGGUAAAUUUGAUCCUUCGCAUUUUUAAACCGUAAAAAUACAAAAGCUAUUUUCAUGUUUUCUACUCUGCAAAAAAAUGCCGCAAAAGUGAUUUCGCUAUUUUUAUCAAAGCACAAAAACAGAUUUAUUUUAGCCGCUGUCAAAAAAGUGCGAGGUUUGCUCAACAUGCUUUGUUUUACAAAAUGGCGUCUUUCCAUUAUGAAUCACCAUGAAAACGCAUCGGUGUGGACGUUAUAAGAGCUUGGUAGCUACCCUGAUCUCUUUGGCUGACCGGUUUAUAAUGCAGGCUCAUYUAUGGUAUCAGUUCUUUCACGGAUAUUAGUGUAUUUACUAUUUUCAAAUUAACAACGUUAAAUUAGUUUGAAUUUAUAAUAAUAUAUUGUUUUUUUAUAUAAUUGUAAAUAUGUAUUGCACCUUAAGGGUUUUUUAUGGUUUGUUAAAUAAAAGGAAUUGUGUGAUGAAUA